UGUUUCACAAAGUAAAGUUAAUGAAUUAAGUUUUUUCGAAUAGGAUAUUUAAGUUAUCGCACACUCGCUAACACGGUGCCCCGAGAGAAACCGUGUGACUGCGACGCUAUUCUGUAUAUAAUAUAAUAAAAUAAUCUUAUUUGAGUGCAUUGACCAGGACAGAAAUGGCUGGAAUUCUGUUUGAGGAUAUCUUUGACGUAAAGGACAUUGAUCCCGAUGGCAAGAAGUUUGACAGAGUAUCUCGUCUACAUUGUGAAAGUGAAUCUUUUAAGAUGGACCUUAUCUUGGAUGUGAACAUUCAGAUCUAUCCUGUUGAUCUUGGUGACAAGUUCAGACUGGUUAUUGCCAGCACGUUAUAUGAAGACGGAACACCAGAUGAUGGAGAGUACAAUCCUCAGGAUGACCGGCCAUCUAGAGCGGACCAGUUUGAUUACGUGAUGUAUGGGAAGGUUUACAAGAUUGAGGGUGAUGAGACUUCAACAGAAGCAGCCACACGCCUCUCUGCCUAUGUGUCUUACGGUGGCCUCCUCAUGAGGCUGCAGGGAGACGCCAACAACCUACACGGCUUUGAGGUGGACUCCAGGGUCUACCUUCUCAUGAAGAAACUGGCCUUCUAAAGCCCAACCCUGCUCGCCCACUUAACCUUCUUCCACUGCCACAGACCACCCUAAAGUCUAAAGAGCAGUUCAUAGACAGAACACUCUUGUAGUUACAGUAUUGUUUCCUCUAAGGAGAUGGACUACAGACUAAAGACUGUGACACUUAAGAACAGCUGCAACAUCUAUCUACUGGCAAACUGUAAAUAAAGAUUCCUUUUAUACAAAAUCA